AUGAAGAGCGAGCUUCUAGACCACAUUGGAGUCCAAACACUAAAGCAGCAAUUGUCAUCGACAUCGAACUACAUGAGAGUCACCAGGUGCCUUUGUUUUGUGACCAUGUUAUUAUCAUAUUUUGUGGUCUAUGAAAUCUUCUCAGUGGCGACAAUUGGCGUCAAAUACCUGAUACCGCAAACAAGAUUCUCCUAUAAGAGAUACUUUGCUGCAGGGUUUUGGACUCUUUGCAUUUAUAUCCUCGAGCUAAACAACGUUAAUGUCGAGAUCACAGGAGACGAGCUGGAAACCGAGAAUGCACUUUUCAUCAGCAACCACGCAUCACUGAUUGAUUAUAUCAUCUACCCUUACUUAGUACUCAAAUCUACUCGAAAACCAUCAGAGUUGGAGGCGGCUCGAAAAAGUGAAAAGAAAGGGGAGCCGGAGAAAAUAUUCGCACAAGAUCUCUCUUCGAUCUUGCUCCCUCGAAUCAGUUUCUUUACCUGGUAUGCCAUUUGGUUUAUACCGAGUUUUAGGGUGUUCAGAAAUGUAUUCCAGGCAGACGAGAACUGGGAACUCAAUGACGAAACUUUGGGAUUUGUAUUCAAAGACAUACUAGACUCAGAGGUAGUCGAAUGGCUCGUUACGUUCCCUGAGGUCAACAUUUUCACCAGGAAAGAUGCCAAAUUGCAACAAGGCAUGUCCAUGUUCAUGCUAAAAUGA